AUGCGAGAGAGCACCGGGGCACUGAAGGCUUGGCUGGCACGACACCCUAGGAACCCCUAUCCCAGCAAGGGGGAGAAGGUGAUGCUGGCUGUGGUCAGCCGGAUGAGCCUCACCCAGGUCUCCACCUGGUUUGCCAAUGCCCGCCGGCGCCUCAAGAAGGAGAAAAAGGCGAGCUGGGCCACACACAGUGCCUCAGAUGGCGAGGACAGCGAGGGCGAGGGGGUCCCAUCGGGUGCCGUCCCCAUUCCCAGUUCCAGCCCCGUGCAGGAUGGGUGCGGGGACAGCCCCGAGGUGAGGACAGGCCCUGGGCAGGACAAGCAGUCCCAGAAACCCAAGAUCUGGAGUGUGGCAGAGAUGCUGGAAUCUCCCCCCAGCAAGAACGGGUGUCCCCCGGGGGUGCCAGUGGUGCUGGAGCAGGUAUAG